UGCAGUUUUCCUAAUUCGUAAGAAAUGUAAAAUGGGUCUGGAAAUCCUCGAAGUUGAAGUAAGGAGUGGCACGCGUGAUAUCAGAGGAGAAGUAGGUGUUUUGAACACGUGGGCUUCAUCUUCGCCAUGGAUCUAUAACAAAAACAUCACCAUUGUCGAUCUGCACGAACUGCCUAUAUCAGGUUUAACAUGGACCCGUUGCGGUUCUCUCGUUUCGCUCAAAUCAAAGCUUCGCCAUAACGAAAUAAACGCGACCGGGACAGAAAGGCGAAAGGCCCGGAAGCAUUUGGACAUUUCGGAUUGGCUGAAAGUGUUAGAAUUGGAACAGUACGCGGACUGCUUCGCCGGAUACGAUGGCGUCGAGGAACUGCUCGAAUUUACAGAGUCCGACGUAAAAGAUCUCGGGGUGAAAAUUGCGUCGCACAGAGCGCGAAUCAUGUCGAGUCUUACGGCGCUAAGUGCCAAGUACAACAACAACAAGAGGCCCAUUCAGAGAGAUGCGGUAUCCAGACACAGUCUGGCCGCGGAUAGCGGGAGGAGGAUUCAACAAUGCGAUGCGUUGUAAGUAUUUGAUUUAUUUGACUUUGUA